AUGAUGGAGACAAACAAGACACAGGUGACGCAGUUUGUUCUCACAGGACUGACAGAUCGUUCAGGAAUGCAGGCCCCCCUGUUCCUGGUGUUCUUGGUCAUCUACCUCACCACCAUGGUGGGCAACCUCGGACUGACUUUCCUCACCUGGAAGGACCCCCAUCUUCACACCCCCAUGUACUUAUUCCUUGCUAGUUUGGCCCUUGCAGAUGCCUGUUCCUCAUCCUCUGUGACUCCAAAGAUGCUAAUGAAUUUUUUAUCUAACAAUCACAUGAUAUCCCUGGCUAAAUGCAUCACCCAAUUUUAUAUUUUUGCUUCCAGUGCCACCACAGAGUGUUUCCUCUUGGUAGUGAUGGCCUAUGACCGCUACGCAGCCAUAUGCAACCCCUUGCUUUAUCCAGUGGUGAUGUCCAACCGACUCUGUACCUGGUUGAUAAGUGUGUCAUAUGCGAUUGGUUUUCUGCAUCCCGUCAUUCAUGUGGGAUUAUUGUUUAGAUUAACCUCCUUCUCCACGUGCAGCGCCCACCUGCUCUCUGUCUCUUUGUUCUAUGGCACUCUCUUCUUCAUGUAUGUGCGUCCUGGGUCUGGGCCAGAUCAAUAUCAGGAUAAAAUGUAUUCAUUGUUCUACACGGUUAUAAUCCCCCUGCUAAACCCCUUUAUUUAUAGCCUAAGAAACAAGGAAGUUUUAGGUGCACUGAGAAAAGUGAUAAAGAAAUAA